AUGCGCUUCUCAUCAGGCAUUCUUCUCGCUCUCCCAGCGCUUGCUGUCGCUGAGGAGCAGGUUCCUCUCCUCGACAAGGUGAAGGGCUUCUUCAACAAGGCGACUGCUGCCGUCUCCGCAUCCAUCCCCUCCAUGCCAUCGGCGCCCGUUGACACAGCAACAAGCAAGGCAGCAUCCAAUGCCGCCGCAGCAAUCCAGUACCCGAUCACCCUAGAGAACUGGAAGGAGGUCCUGACGGUUGAUCCUACUGCCAGCCCUCCUACCACCCAGGAUUGGCUUAUCUUCACCACUGGUGGCAACACCACCUGCUUCGGUCUGUGUGGAAACGCAACCAAGGCAUGGAACGCUUCUCUCCCCAUCAUGGCCGCAAAGACCAAUGCGCCCAAGUUCGCUUACCUUGACUGCGAAGCCGAGCCCAUUCUCUGCAACGCAUGGUCCGUCGGCGCACCAGCGCUCUACUACUUCCAGGUUCCUAAGCCCAUGGCCGACCAGUCUGCGCCCGUUCCUACCGUUCGCUACCAGCCUUUGAACCGCACAAGCACCACCACCGAGACCUUCAAGAAGCUGAUCGUCGACAACGACAUUGAGAAGGUCACCCCUUACGAGGGCCCCUUCCACCCCUUCAACGGUGCGCUCCAGCAGUACAACCUUGCCAUUCCGUACGGAUACGUUACCUGGGGAUUCUCCAAGAUGCCCUCGUGGAUGCCUAUGAUCAUCAUCUCUUUCCUCAGCAGGUCUUUCAUGAGCAAGCGUAUGGCGGGACCAACUCCCGCGGAGGCACGCGCGGCGAACGCACAACCCGCUCGGUAG